AACUCUGUGGGGUCAGCCUCGCGGUGUGUGUGUGUGUGUGUGUGUGUGCGUGUGUGUGCGUGCGUGCACGGUUAUUUCCUCACCGCUGCAAGUGUUGAGAAAAGUAGGAAAUGUGUUGGCCUCCAGGAGUGCAUACCCUUGUAAACAGCAGGCCUACACUGCUCUCAGGACUCAGCAUAUCGCUGUAUUUCAAGGAAAACUCUCACCCGACUGACUCAGCUACCCCUGAGGCAUGUUGUGUUGAAGAAACACCUAUGCAGGUGGAUCCUACACUAAUGAAUGUAGGGGAUGGAGGCACGGUGAGCAGAGAGAUCAGUGCUCCAAAUAAAGCGUCUGCUAGUAUGGUGGGAAACCCCCCCCAGACGCUACCCUCUGAGUUUAGAGGAGAUGUUACCCUCAGUCAGCAAAACAAGACCACACCAACAACAGACUGUAAGACAGCGAAAGCCUGCCUGGACACUAGCAAUUACAACCACAGCCCUGAGCUGUCUCCACCUCAACAGCCCAACAAUGCACCGACGUCCGGCUCAGAGAAGAGAGCAGACAAAAGGGCAGAGGCCCCUAAACUCAAGGCGGAUGGUGCCGGGCUCCUCCCCACUCCCCAGUGGUCAAGUGGCGUGAAAGUCAGCCGUGAGGACUCACUCAGCCCCUGUCACAGCACUGUGACAUCCAGUAAGAAAUCGCUCCCGCAAACACAAUCUGUACAAAGUGUACCACCUGGGUUUCAGUGCCCCACCAUGUUUAAACCAGCCCAGCCCGUCACCUUCCUUCCUUCCACAAAUUUUCCCUCUCCACUUUGUAAAAUCACUCUUCCACCAGCACUGGGUCAGAUCGCGGCACUUAGAGAAGCCACAGCCAGUCAGUUUCAGAAAGAACUCCAGCCUCAAAGCUCAGGUGUCGGAGGGACACCUCUCAUGCGGACCUAUCCCUAUCCGUUCUCGGUGGGCAGGACUCCAGCUGCAGAGAAAAAAGCCGGCGCAUCGUCAUCGAAACUUAAAUCGAACCAUUCAUCUAAUAAGAAUUCUAAAUCUGUGGGAGAGCAUAUAUCUUUAGCCUCAGUGGUGGCCUCACCAGCUAUUGCCCUACCAUUGCAGCACCCUUCAUUAACUCCUGCAGCACCCACCCGCUACACGCUGUCUCCCACUGCUGCCAUUUGCUGUGGCUCUGCACUGGCCAGCAUCACCUCUCAGAGCAGACUGCUGAACCAUGUGGACAAAAGCAACAGCCUAGACAAGACAACCACGGGCUCUCUUAAAACGACACCUCCCUCUGCUUCAGAUGACCACACAGCUUGUUCGGUUGAACCAAGAGAUGUACCCCUGGAUUUAUCUGCUAAAUCUAAACGUCCAAAAUGCAUAAAUGACCCUCCAGUUGCGAUGAGCGAGCCUCACAAUAAUGAGUCAAAUCAGAGAGAUUUUCUGAACUCAAAGAGGGCUCAUUCUGCAACGUAUAGCUCAGCUGUGCAAUAUCCUAUCCUACCCAACACCCACAGAAAUGGAUCCCAUCAAAAGCAAUUAAAUAGGCCUCAGAAUCACCAGGCCCAAGACCCCAAACCAACCUGGGGUAAGGGAUCUUCUCAAGACUCCGUAAAGAACAUCCCUGGAACAUAUGUUGGUGUGGCCAGUCCGAUACUGGCUUCUACUCUACGGGGCAAAGACGGAAAAGGGACUUUUGCCGAUGAAUGUCAGAGUUUUGCAAAGCAGGAGUUUAUAUCUAUAAUUGACCAAGGAGAGCAUCUGGCAUCAGGAGGAAAGAAGCCAUCCUGUACGAUGCAGGGCAACCAACAUGCUCACAGUGUCAAGCAUGUUAAAAACACCAGCAUAGCCAUAACUAAGAACUGUCCCUCUAAAGGAGCCCUGACUACCGCCCUGUCGAGCGCCGCCAGCGCUCAGACUCAUCAGAAAUCUCGAGCCGGCAAAACCGCGGCGCCAUACUCCACCGCCGUUGUCAGCCCAGCUUGGCAGCAGCCACCCAAUAUGCCGCACCAAGCCUCGUCUGUUCAGAGAAAAAUCACACAAGGGUCUCCGAAGACGAAGGGUGGCACGGCUACAGAGGGAUCUAAGGCUCAGAGUGGCCAUCGCAGCCCGUCCAACCCCGAGGAUGAUAAGUGGGAGAGGAUGAAGUCUCCCCUGUCGAACCUCGCGUCCAUCGUAAAGCAGCAAGCUCUUGACACAACAGCACAGACGGCCGAGGGCAACACUCAAGCUUCACCUGUUGCAUCAAGAAAAGCUGAUGGUCUGAAUCCACUCUCUGGGAGCCAAGACACCCAACCCAAACAAACUGCUGCGUUUGAAUACCCAGCAUACUGGUCUGUGGAAAAUUGGGCUGGUUUGCCAUCUCAAGGGGAUUCAACUCCAGCUAAGAAGAAGCACGAGAAGGCAAACGCCACCGAGCCUCUGGAGAAUAAUACAGAGUUAAACGCCAGCCAGGGAGAACACGUGGGACUGCCGGCGAAGCAAGGCUUCUCAAGGCCUGCUGGCCAUCUCUUUGGCAAUGCAUCAACCAAUGGGAACAGGCUGGAGAGCAAACUAGCCCAGGUGUUAGAGGGGGAGAUGUUGAAGAAAGACAUUGGGGCGUCGGACGGUCCUCCCAGUGAAAAAUUGGACGGCGUGGUAGCAUCUAUUCUGACAGGCCAGUGUGCGACGGGAGGCGACAAGUUCGAGAAGAAAACAAACGGAACCAAAGAGGAGUUGCCAACCAAAGCAAAAGCUGCCGCCGUCAAACAAAAGAAAACCAGUCCUAAGAAGCCAGCGAAGGAGAAGUCACCACCGGACUCAUCCAAGAAGGCCGCAGGAAAGAAAAAGCAAGACAUAGAAAAAACUCCAACCAAAGUGUCUUGUCAAAAGAAGCAGAAGAAACGAUGUGCACCUGUGCAGGAGCAGAGUCUGUCAGCGGGGGAACUUUCUGCACAGAGCAAAGAGCCGACUCCGAGGGACAAAAUCAGUCCCAGCAAGGUUGAGCAACCAACCCGCAACAAAUCUGUUGCAGAUAGCGGCAGCAGUGCUCUAGAGACUCCGGAUUCUCUCAAUCGCUCUGCUGUAUCCAGUAAGGAGGCCGACGCCACAGGGAGCUUCAUCCCAAGGCUGAGGAGAGGACGGCGGCGGGCUGAUGAGGCUCGACUCGACCUCUGGGGCUUCGCGACGCCUUCCCCUCCCCCCCCACAAAUGCCUCCUCCCCCAGUUUCCCCGUCACCCCCCGUGAUUCCCACCCAACCCACCCGCCGUCCGAGAGGAAGGCCCCGCUCGACCCCCUUGCCAGAACGAGCGAUUCAGGGAAAGGGCAAGACGGCCGGUGCAGAGGGUGAAACGCCGGCUCCCAAGAAACGCCGGCGAUGUCGUAGCAAAAAGUAUCAGACCGGGGAAUACAUCACUGAGAAAGACAAGCUGGAAGAUGGAGAGCACCUCGAAGAAGCGGAUUCCCUGAGACGGGACAGCGGAGUCCCAGCGGAUCCACAGGCGGAUCAGUGUUCGAGUCCCACCGCCUGCAGUCCAGAGCCUCCUCCGAGGAGACCCUCGUUCACGCGCUCCGGGUCGGUCCGCUACCAGGAGAGCGAGGUAUCUCCAGAGUGCAAUGACAAGCCUUCAGGGAAGAGGAAGUUCAAAAGCAAGCACUUAAGUGACAGCGAUGAGCAGAAGGUUAAGACCAAACGCAGCAGCCAGGGCAAGCGUGCUGCCUCACUUGCCCUGGAUAGUGAUGGUGCUGAUGUAAAACGAACAGAAAGCCUCCCACCCACUCCAAAAAGUUUGCCCUCAUCUCCACCCAAUAAGAAAGGCUCAUCGGGGAGAAUUUGCAGCUCCGAGUCUCCGCCCAAAAGGCCCGUUCCUCCGGAGGUUCGGCGGCUGAUUGUCAAUAAAAAUGCCGGGGAGACUUUGCUGCAACGUGCCGCACGCUUGGGCUAUCAGGACGUAGUCCAGUACUGUCUUGAAAAGGACGUCAGGGAGGUCAACCGGCGCGAUAAUGCCGGUUACACGGCUCUCCACGAAGCGUCCUCUCGAGGCUGGACUCAGAUUGUCCAGAUGCUGCUGAACCACGCCGCUGACGUCAACUGCAGCGCCCAAGACGGGACACGGCCCCUUCACGAUGCAGUGGCGAGUGAUAACCUGCCGAUCGUCUGGUUGCUUCUGAACCACGGUGCAGACCCGACGCUGGCCACCUACUCUGGACACACUCCGGUCAAACUGGCGCACAGCCCGAGCAUGAAGACCUUCCUCACAGAAUAUUUCACAGACCUGGAAGGACGUAAAGAACAGGAUCUCGGCUCACCCUGGGAUUUCUACAGUAGCUCCCUCUUUGAGACGGACCAGGAGCCGUGCUGGGACUUCCUGCUGUCUGAGGAGAACCAGGACCUGGAGGAGGAUGCGAUAGGAAAGACUGAGCCGGACUCGGACAAAGAUUGCCUUGUGUUUGAGUUCUCCUCCGAGCCUCUCUUACCCUGCUAUCACGUUCAGGUGUCAUUAACCCAAGGCUUUUGCAACUGGUUCCUCCUGACGGACGUCCUCAAGCGUCUGAAGAUGUCGGCUCGGAUCUUCCGGGCGCGUUUCCCGCACCUGGAGGUGGUGAGUCUGUCGCGUGCUGAGCUCUUGAAGCAGGUGUCGAUCAGCCAGGUGAGCUCCACUUUGGCUUCACCUUACAAAGGCAAAAUUAAGGAGGAGGAAGAGAAGGAAGAAGAAGAGGCGGGACUUGUGGAUCUGGUGCGAUGUGUACCGGAGCUCCAGAGACUACUGGGAUCCUCUAUUGACAUCCUGCAAGAGGAGGAGGACGACGACGACGACGAUGAGGAGGAAGAGGAGGACGAAGAGGAGGAGGAAGAGGAGGAGGAGGAUGAGGAUGAGGAGGAGGAUGAGGAGGAAGAGGAAGAGGAAGAGACACUGACAAACACAGGGAAGCCUCGCAGCCGAUAGCCUCUUUUUCACCGUGCAAACUGUUGUCAACCCAAGUCCUUCCCUGCAAGCAGCAGCUCAAAGGAAACCUCUCCGUCCAAUGUAACGAGGGUCGUGGGUUUCAACUCCAGCGACAGUAAUGACACUCCACCCAUAACCUUUGACCUCAGACAGAAGGUGAUUAAGUCAUCACAAGGACCUGCACACGCGAGUGGUCGGUGCUGUAAAGCAGCUUUCAGGUUCCUAUCUAUAGGUAUAUUUGAAUACACGAGAACUAUUGAGCAAACCUUUUGUAUUGAUUAUGUAUGUACAUGGUAGUGUAUAUGUGUAUCUUGCCAUCAGGGUUAAAACAUUUGGUUAUAUAAAUGUAUUCUAGUGGCAAAAAGGACAAAUUAUGUUGAGGACUUUUUGUUUGAGUUUGUUCCUGAGAGACAGCGGUAUUUUUUCGACGGGAGAUCAAGACUUUUAUCUUGGUGAACUCUUGCGUAAAGCUAAGAUGCUUAAGUCAGGGAGGCCACUGGCCCGGAUGGUUCUGGUUCUGUCAACCUGGGAGACCUGGAGACCUGCAGAGAAGAGACCACGGCACAUAAUAUUCAAAUGUAUUCAGAGCUUCAUUUAAAUUCUUCUCCUCUGUAUCGUUAUUUCGCUUUAUCAUCCUCGAGAGAUCGUUACUGGACGGACCUAGUAUCUUACGGCGUUUAUUUUUCCUCCACAUUUCACAAAGUGAGCGUGGGCAGCACGGGAGCUGUCGACGUCCCUGCUCAAAAUAUGAAAUAACGUCUUUUUGGACCUUGAGAUUGAGCGUUUGUUUACAGAGCUGGACAGAUAGUAGUGUCCUCCACUCCCCAGGUUGCACUCCUCCUGAACUGAUGCAGAAUCCUGUGGAUCUCUCUCAGAGGAAAAGUAGUCCCACCUCUGGAGUCCAGAGGCUGCUCCCGCGUCCGAGGAGGCGAGACGCCCUCUUAACUGCAGCCGCGUCCCGAUAUGAGAUCCCAGAGUGCUUUGUGUUGCAGUGUUUUAUUUACACUGUUUGUUGUGCUUAAUUUAAUAGUCAUUAAUAUAUUUGACCUCUUGUGUAUCUGACAAGCCUAUCUAUGAAAAAAAUUGCUUUGUA